AUGGAUGUGCAUUACAAGACGUAUGCUGGCAGGAGUAGCCGUGAUAUCAGGUUUGAUCAGCUGCUGCACACAAAACCCUUAUCUGGCUCUUCAUCCACAGCAUUCUCUAAAUCAAGUGUGAGUUCCAGGAAAAGGGUCAACGUCGUUUCCUUUGUACCCACUGGUGAGGGGCAAGAAUUAGUAACCAAAUCUCCUGAUAAAAUCGUGUCAGAAAAUUCAGAUAGCUCUGCCUGUGCAGGUGCAGUGCAGACAAAUAUAUCUCAGUCAUAUUUGACUCAUUCCUCUACUGAAGGUGUUACCACCGGCUCACCCAACCUGUCAUACUCUAGUGCACAUACAGAAUGUCCCAGUCGUCCACCAAAUAUUAAUAUGACAAACAACAAUCCUUUUGGUCACCCUUCUGACUGCACAUUAGAUGUGCGUUCCGUUCGGAGUACAAAUUUCAAGUCUGAUCAUUGCCGGUCAAACAUUGCCUUAACUCCGCUGUCCUCCCACACUCCUACUAUUCAACGCGUUUCAUCCCCGAAUUCCCAUCGAAGCGUCACCAAUUACCACAGUCAUCCAGUAUGUACUUCAAAACCUGCUAGUCAGCCAAAAUUGCAAGGACCAGAUAAAAAUGAAACCAGUUUGGUUGUGACUAUACCAAACAGUUCCUUAAAAACACAGGCAUUCGUUGACAUCUCCAAGAAUAGUCGUGAACGGAGUUCUCCUUACUCUUGUCCCGCCUUAACAUUAGAACCUGAAAUUGCUUCAGAUGCCAGCGCUUCAAAAUCGUUUUCACGACCAAUUCUCAGCGGUAAAAACAAAAGAGCAGCCUACAAUCCACGUUCUUGGCAGAAAGAAAUUGAAACAGAGGAUAGUUCCCCAACGAAGCUGCAAAAAGUCAAUGACUCCUCUCCAUGUUCACAAAAUCCGAGUCAAUCAUCAACUGAAUCGCAUCAUUUUACUGUUAAAGAUGCUCCUCCUGUAGUCAACCAAGAAAAUUGUAAUAUGAAAAUCCAUAAAAAUAAUGUUGAUAAUUUUGCAUUUGAUGAAUAUGAAGAAGAAAUGAAGAAUAAUUUUGAUGCAUUACAUCCAUAUAAAUAUUCAAUUAAUGAUAAACAUUCUGUAAAAUAUUGUGAUAAAUUAGUUGAAGAGGAUGAAGACUUAGAAGAUGAUGUUAAACCUUGGUUCCGUCCUGCUUCUCGUGAUGUAUCUAAUAAAAAUCCAUCCAAUAGUUCAAAGAAUAUGAAAGUUAGUCGAACAGAUAAACCUUUGUAUACUGUACUACACAAGGUGAAAGAAGCACAUGUUUGUCAAGAACAAGGUGAAACUCAGCAUUUGUUAGAUGAUGUAGAAUAUUUAGUAGAUGGGUUAACAGAUCGUAAUCAAGUUAAUACUCGUGCACUUAGCGUUCUGACCCUAGCUAACAAAUGUUUAACUGCAUCCUUCCGUUAUACUCUCAAUGCUCAUGGUUUAUUGAAGCGAAUUUGUGCAAAACUCCAUGAUGCUUACACAGAUUAUGCACUGGCACUUACCUCUGCUGGAUUGUUGUUUGUUUUAUCACGAGAUCGUGACCCGAAUAUAUUAGAUGUUGACUCCCUGGCUAUUAUAUUGAAAUUAUUCUCUGCACCUGAUACCAAUGCAAAUGGCAGUACCGGUGGUGGUCAUUGUGAAAUCAGUAAAAAUAAAGAAGCUGAACGUGUACGUAUGCGUGUUCGUCAACUACUCGAUGGUUUACAUCAAAAUAAUUCCAAGAGUUUAACACCAGCUGGCCCAGAUGUUGUUGUGGGCAACAAUCCAAACACGAUAAUUUCAUCCAAUCAAUCAUUAUUCUCUAGUGGAAAGCGUUCAAUUCUUCCACCUGGAUCUAAAACACCUACAAAUUCAAGUUUAAACACUCGACAUUUACAGAUCACCCGUCAGUUGACAACCUCAGAUUUGGUUAUUGAAUCUAUUUUAAACUUUGGCACUCGAAAAGCAGGAGAUUGGUUCAAAGUAGAACUUCGUAAUGGUGGUGGAUUAGAUAGAGUUGCUGAUGCAGCUUCAGAUGCUGUUGAUUAUCUGGCAGAUUUAGAUCCAAAUAAUACAUCUCGUAAACCAACAACUGUUUGGCGUUCUAGGACUAACUUAACAGGAAUUGAUAAUUUUGCUUUGGAUAGACUUAAACGAGUUUGCCAUUAUACUCGAUUGUUGGAAAAUAUGACUUAUAUGAAUUCAGAUAAUCAAACUUAUUUGGUCCACUAUCGUGAUGGAAUUCUUGUUAAACGCUUAUUAACUUGUUUACGAGUUUGUGUAUCCCAUUUACCCAAAUCAUCAAAUCAACAAUCAAACUCUACUACUACUACUAAUAAUAAUGUUACUAUGGAAAAACCUACUGUAAAUAGUGUCAAUGUUUUAUCAAAUUCAAAUAAUUCUGCAUAUGAUAGUCAAACUAUUUUAACCGAUUGCAUUUUAGGUAUAUUUCGAUUUUUAGUUAAUGUUUCACAUAAUGAAUUCGCUAGUGAACGUCUUGGUGCUUGUGCAGGUUUCCUAGAAACUAUUUUUGAUUGCCUACUCAAGUUGCCUGAUCGUUUGCCUGGAACAAAAAGAUUUGAUGUAAUUGUUUUAGUGCUUUGUCUUUUGGUAAAUAUGUGUGAACAUUGUCCUGAAAAUCGUACCCGAAUUGUAUAUUUGGAUAUUACAAAAUCAUGUCUUAAACAAGGCUCUCCAACGAAUGUGAAAGAUAUUAAAUAUAUCGAUACAUAUGAUGAUGAAGAGGAAGAUGAUGAUGACGACGUAAAUACAGAUACAAAUACUUCACGACAAGUUGUAACCACAUCUGCACUUGACGAACUCAUACAACUAUUUCUCACUCGAGAAGAAUGCGCACGUAACCAUGAUUUCGAGAGAGAUGAUGAUGAAGCUAUGGCAGCUGCGGCUGCCCGUAAACGUUCUGAAGAAUUAGAAGAUUUUGAAAAUAAUCCUAAACAAUUACGUCCAGGUUAUGCUAAUCCUACUGUCGAAGAAGCUGGCUUGAAAUGGCGUUUAAUAGAGGAUCGAAGAGCAAUGAAUCUGAAUAAUAGAGGAUUAUUAGGUCGGAAUAAAAAACGAUUGUACCGUAAACAAAAGUGUAAAAGUAUUGUAAAUAAACAACGGCAAAAUAUAGGGGGUUCCGAUGAAGACGAGGAGGAUUCCGAUGAUGUAGAUGACUUGAAUGAUGAUGAUGAUGAUGAUUGCAUUGAAGAUGAUGAUUUAGAAGAGAAUGAUGAUGAUGACGAGGACGACGAUGAUGAUGAAAGCGUUGGCAGUGGUGCAGAUGUUGAAUUUGUCGCCGACACACAAGAGGAACAGGAGAAGUUAGCCAAAAGUAUGUCUCAAGCUCAACAACAUAUGGAAGAUUCGGUGGUGGCUGCUUAUGCUGCUCUCCUACUUGGCUGUAUUCUACAAUCAAGUCCACGUUAUACUGAUCGUAUUCGAUCUAAAUUACCAGAUGGUCAAUUUCGUCCAUUAGCAAUUAUGUUAGCUAAACUAUUAAGCUUUUUAUCUUUAACCAAAGGUGUAGGAUCUUCAGGUUCUGAAUCUAUUCUACGUAUUGUUAGAAUAUUAGAAGCACAAGAUAAACAAAAUACAAAAAUAUCAACCGAUGAUAAUGAUGGUGGUGACAGUUAA